UAACAUAAACAAGGAAAUGAAUUUGACCCGUUCUCCCUGCCGCUUGGUCAGUUGCUGCGCGAUAUGGAGCCCCGGCUGUCAAUCAAUGUCUUCCAGUGAUGCGGGCCCCUGAUUGGACCAGGCCCGUAAGCAACCGUGUACCCUGCUUACCGAUAGUUAGGCAUCUGAAUCACUCAAUUCUCAUUGGCUACCCGCCAAAGUGGCAGGUAGAUUGACAGUGUUACCCGCCAAUUGCAAAAUUCACCCGCAUUUGGCGGGUGGGCGGGUGUUAAUUUCAUGCCUUGCACCCAAAACUUGUCUUUUGGGCUUUACCUCUUUCCCAGCAAGUCUCCGAGACCCGCUUAGUAGGAUGCCAUUCAUCAUGGCCCCUUAAGUUUAUCCAGCAAUUGGCCAUCAGCUGUUUUCUACGGAGCCUCCCACAUCACUAUUCCUUCCUAUGCACCAUAUAUCCAUGUGUUGCACAGGGUUGUCCGCACCUAUCAGCCCACAGUCUCUCCUUUGUACACUAGAUGGUAGUAGAGAUCUUUGAGCAGACUAUGGAAAGACUUUCUUAUAUAGGCGUGUCUUCACGACAGCCUGUGGUGGUCAUGGAUGUAUUAAGGGAAUUAAGGUGGUGGUCUUCUAGUUUUCCCACAGUUCAGAUGGUAGACUGUUUAUUCAUUUAACCAGUACAUUUUUCAUUUACGACAAUGCCUGCGAUUCAAAGCUUAACGAUGACUUACGACGCGCUGAAUGAGUACGGGACGUUUUCAGAGGGAGACACUCUCACUGGAAAAGUAACGCUGGCCUUGUCAAAGGACACCACAGUUGAAAGCCUGUUUGUCAAAGCUAAAGGAGACGCUGAUGUACGUUGGACGAAAAAGGUCGGCGAUCGCAACCAUACAUACUCUGCACACAAGAGAUAUUUCAAGCUGAAGCAGUUUUUGAUCCCCGAGAACUCUAAUGAAACUCUAGUUCCCCAAGGAACCCAUGUCUAUAAAUUCAGCUUUACCAUACCACCAGGAAGCAGCCCUUCAUCUUUCAAGGGGAGUCAUGGAAAGAUUGUCUACAAGCUGGAAGCCAAGCUGUCCAGGAGCUGGAGGCUUAACCGUACAGUAGAAACGGACAUACAUUUUGUCUCCAAGGCCUUUCCAAACCUUCAUUCUCUGGUGUCACGUCAAGUUGGUUCAACAAAGAAAGACAUGGGGCUUUUCUCAAAAGGACAUGCACACAUGGAUGUCAUUGUUGACAGGAAAGCCUAUGCCCAAGGUGAAACAAUGGUGAUUGUUGCAAAAAUCGACAACUCCUCAUCCAGUGAGAUGAUACCCAAAUUCAGUUUAAUCAAGGAUGUGGUGUACCGUGCCAAUGGCCAUACCAAGCAUGAGAGCAGCGUUAUCCAGAAAUUGGUAGACAACUGUAUUAAAUCCCGAACACAGAGGGAUGUCAGGUGUGCAAUCAAGAUUCCUCGUGAUCAGACGCCAACAAUCCAGAAUUGUGAUAUUAUCUCAGUGGAAUACCAUUUAAAGGCGUAUCUGGACAUCAGCUUUGCUUUCGAUCCAGAGGUCAUUUUCCCAGUGGUCAUUAUUCCACAAGACUUAUCUCCUGGCCCUCGGCCUGGUGUGCCUAUGGGUCCCUAUCCAGCUGGGGCUAUUGGGGGCCCGAGUGUAAGCGACUUCCCUCCCCCUGCGGUGUCUAUGGGUCCCUAUCCAGCUGGGGCUAUUGGGGGCCCGAGUGUCAGCCACUUCCCUCCCCCUGCGGUGUCUAUGGGUCCCUAUCCAGCUGGGGCUAUUGGGGGCCCGAGUGUCAGCCACUUCCCUCCCCCUGCGGUGUCUAUGGGUCCUUAUCCUGUAUCCCUACACUCAGGCAGUUAUGGAUACCCAGGAGCCCAAAUGUCCUCGGCACCACCACGAGUGCACCCAGAUAACCCACCGGCGUAUCCUGGUACACCAGGUGUCUACCCUGCACAGCCGGCACACAUUAAUGGGGGCUACAAUAACCCAGUGCCACCGCUGGCUGCUCUGUAUGGAUCUCCAUUUUCUUCUUCAUCAUCAUCUUCUGUGCUUCACCCGCCGCCUACUGCCCCAACAUUUCAACCACCCCCACCUGCCCCAGAGCUCCACCCAUCCCGUCCUCCUCCUCAACCCUUCAACACAUCCCCAACUGCUCCGACAUACACCCUGCUGCCUUCUGCACCAAUGAUGAACACCGACUUCCUGUCUCAAUCGGAUGAAGCUCCUCCAGCAUAUUCACUCCUUUUCCCAUCUUCUGCUACUGACAAAUCUGUUGCAAAAUAAUAGAACGUAUGCAUUGCUUAAUGACUAAAUCAGUUCAUGAAUUAUGAUGUCAAAUUCUAAUGCUUAGGAUAGUUUGGAAUGUGAAAUACAUUCACCUAUAUUGUGUCUUUAACACUUUAUUAGUGUUGUUGAAUUAAAAGUCUAAAUUUGAAAUAUGAAUGGCACUAUUGCCAUAUUUACUCUUUGUAUGUAAACAGUUGCAUACGAAAAUAGGACUUUUGCAUUGUAUGUGAUGGCUGUUUUCUGGUCAGUUCAGGUUGCUAGUUGGCUUUGUCUAGCUGCUAACCUAAUCACUCAAACCUUAAUCAUCAGGAUACACUGUGUGGCCCAUGUUUUGUAGCAAAAGGCUUGUUGAGGCAGUUUUCAUGUCUGUCUUGGACUAUGGUGAUGUGAUUUAUAGACCUGCAUCAUCUUCAGCUCUUAAAUCUUUGGACUCAGUCUAUCACUCCACCUUGAGACUCAUAACCGGUCAUGUCUAUGGUAAACAUCAUUGUAUUUUUUAUUUUUUUAUAUAUUUAAAUAUGAAAAUGGUAUCUGGUAUCUCUUUAUCGAUAAGGCUUGAAUUGGAAAACUGCCAUCUUACCUUACAGAACUUCUCUGUUACUCAGAGGGACAUUAUCAGACUCGCUCUGCUAACUGGCUUUUACUUCAUGUUCCACGAGCUCGGUCUGAACUUGUAAACACUGCUUUUAGUUUCAGUGCACAUGACUCCUGGAACAAAUUACAAAAAACACUUUCUUAAAAUCAACUCAGUUGUGCCUCUUGGACAAUCUAGAAAUCUGGUUUCAAACCUUCAAACUUAUUCUUAUAACUGCUUUACAUAAUUGUAUUUUCUUUUGCAUCCCUAUUAUCCUAAUGUAUUUAUUAAAUUUCCAAUUCUGUCCUUCUGUAUUUCUUAUGAUUGUACUUUCUGUGUUGUUGUUCUGUAUUUGUCUUUGUGCUCUGACUGAAUUGCACGUGCCUUGUUCAACUCAAGUGCCUAGACGGAUCAUUUAUAAAGUGUUAUAGUUUAUACCUGCCCUCUCUACCUCACUCUUUUGCUUGGAGACUUAUUAAAAGAAAAUAGACAUGUGACUUCAUUUUUUAUUAAAGUCAACUAAGAGGCUAAUUAUACAUUUAUUUUUAUUUUUCACCAGUAACGCCAGACAACUACUUCUAUUUAAUUACACAGUACUGUUUUCUCUGAUUUGUAAAUUUAAAUAAAGAACUGCCAGUGAAA